AUUUCCAACGUAUUUGUCCAUAGCGUUUUUUUUGCGACUAGGACGCUUAUAGCUAUUGUUUAUACUUGUUUUGAGAUCGGUAUUUGAUUUUAAUUGUCAUAAACAAAAAUCACAAACGGAUACAUCGGAUUUACAUGUUUAAUGGCAGACGACGAAAGCAGCAGUGAACUUGUUGAAAUUUCUGCCGAACGAGCUCGUGAUAUUCGUCAAUUGGAGAUUCUCAAUAAAACACUUGGUGAAUUAAAAAGCCUUCAUAACCUCUUGCGUCUUCUCAGGGUUGAUCUUGAAAAAAUGGUGGAGAACUUUUCGUCCAUAAAUUGAUCGGAACAUAUUUUUGACAGACCCUGAACAAAUCCCGAGAAAUGGAGAAGAAAUUGAUUGGCCACGAGUUGGUGCAGGAGGGUCGGGAGACCCCAGGGGACAUCCUUCGCCCUAUUCGCCGUCGCUCCAGCAUCCUACCUCGGCCUGAUUCCUUGGAGCUGAACGAUGACUCGGUGGAGCGUGGUCGCACUCGCCACGAAUCCCCAGCAGCGUCCAGCAACGGCAGUCGUCGCUCCCUCAGCCUGGGCUCGGUCGCCCAGCUCUCGUCUCCCCAGAUAGCAGCGGGUGUUGCUGAAUGCAUUAAACUCAACACGGAGAAUAAAAUCACCAAGAAAAAUGCAUUCAACCUAAAGAUGAUUGACUUCAUGACAUAUAUGAUUAAAAAUCGUGACGAAAAUAUGUUGAAUCUCCAGGUGGCCAGCACUACUCUCGACGUGAGUGCUAAAAUUUAUGGUUUACGAGUGGAUGUUCUCCAUCAGGAGACGAUGGACAUGGUGGGUAAUCUGGAUCAUGAGACGCAGAGUUCUGAGGCUAAUGGGGAGAACCUCGAUGAUCACGGUGAGACGUCCGAGAAGAGUAAUAAGCCACCUAAAGCGAAAAAGAAGAAACGAGCGACUCAACUUAUCGCCGAUGUCAAGUCUCUCUGUUGUGAUCUUGAGAUUAUUAGCCUGGAACCUCCAAUGUUGGGGGAUGGAGAUUAUCAGACGUCAGAUAUGCUCCUUCAGGUGAAUGCCCCCCGCCACGUGGGCCUUGGUCUGGCAAUCCACGCUUACGAUGACUGCUUCCUGGAUCAAAGGAAGCCCGAUCGAGAAGAGCCAAAAGAAAAAAUCUCUUGGACUCCAAUAGAGAUCCCAGAGGACUCAACCAUUGGUGCCAUUUAUAAGGACUUCGAGUUCCUCAAUUGGGAUGCCGAGUACAGCGACACAGCUCAUAUGGAGGAUUGGAGUCAGCGCCUGUCCGCAGACAACGAUGCACCUGUAGCCUUCGACCUGAACACCAGUCUUCCUGUGGAUGAGGGGGAGGAAGACGAUUCUUUUGUGCACGACGACGUCGUUGGCUUCGAUGGCGAUGAAAGUCGAGUAGAAGCAGCCCAUGUUCAACGACAGAGGGAAAAUCUUGUAGAGGUGAAUGCCGAUGACAUAAUGGCCCAUGCCUCGACCGCCAGUGAUUACUCUUUCUUUGAUGAAAAACUUCUGGAGAUUAGAUGGAGGUCUGGAAGCAAGUGGACGAUUAAAAAGCCCCCCAGGAACAUGGCGAUGAGUGUCCUGGAGGCUGAGCGUCGAGCCACUGCUAGGAAGAAGAAGGACUUCUUAUACGAUUUUAAUGCGGAAAUGGACGAACCCAUAGAUCAAAAAUUCGUAGCGAUGAAGAAAGUCAGGAGGAAGUUCAAGUCAAUGGAGAAUAAAAUUGUUAAGCCUGAGGAGAACGAGGAGGACCAGUUGAAUUUGUUCACGUUCAGUGAUCGCCCCGAUGACGUAAAUUUGAUGCCAAAAAAGGGGUUGGCACACGAUGGAGAGCCAUUGGGAGGUGAGGAGCGUCGACAAUCAAUCCACAUGAACGAUUAUGAGAACGAUGCCGACGGAGAUUACAAUCAUGAUAAUUCGAUGGAUGACGACCAUAUGGAUAUGCCAGCGACUCAGAAUGGAGCUGAUCAAUUUGAAUAUCCCAGUCAGGGAGGAUUCACCGGAUUAAAUCUCGUCGAGGCACCGAAACUCACUGAAAAAAUUAACAUCCAAUUCUCGCAGCGGGCGAAGAAGCUCGACAUGAGGCAUCUCAAGAAGUGCAUUUGGAACAGUAUCAACACUGGUAAUGAUGAUAAAGAGAAUGUUGCUGGGGAAGAAGACAAUGACAAUCAGAAAGAGGACACUCGCGAGCCAAAACCGUUCUCUGAUAUCUAUGUUCAUCUUCCUGACUUACUCAACAGGAAUGAUUCCAAGGAGUUGAGUUUCCCCAUUGCUUUCGUGUCUCUACUGCAUUUGGCGAAUGAGAAGAGUCUCAAGUUGAUGCCCAAUGAGGAUUUCUCAGACAUUAUUAUUACCCAAGAUACAGCUCUAUGAUUUUUCGAUAAUUCAAUUGAUACUUAGAAUUAUAUUCUUAAAAAUAAUUUGAAUAAACGUUGGCUAUUAUGAUUUUUACUGAA